CUCAAGACCACCUUCGAAAAUGGGGGAGGGAGCGCACGAGACGAGUCGGAGCGUUGUGCGCAUGCGCAGAAGACUAGCGGCGUAGGAGAAAAAGUUUCGCGCAGCUCUGGCUGCAGUAAAGCAGCAGAACAGUCUGCAGGGAUCAGACUCAGCUCUGCAGUUUCCAAGCAAAAUCAGGAUUACUGCACCCCAGCUAAGGAAGAAUCUAGAAACAUGCUGUUACAGCUCGCAGCCCUUUUAGUUUUAGGGGCAUGGGCUCUGGCAGAUGUGCCUGAGCUGGGAGAUGUUUGCACAGAGGGGAGCUGUUAUCCUGCCACAGGAGAUCUUCUCAUUGGAAGAGCACACCAACUCUCGGCCACCUCCACAUGUGGACUCCAGAAACCUGAGCCUUUUUGUAUAGUCAGUCAUUUGCAGGAAGAGAAGAAGUGCUUUGUGUGCGAUUCCAGGGGAACCUACGAUGAAAGCAUACACCAAGUAACCAGCCACAGAAUCGAAAAUGUCGUGACUACGUUCGCCCCUAACCGCCUCAAGACUUGGUGGCAGUCAGAAAAUGGCCUGGAGAACGUCACAAUCCAGUUGAACCUGGAGGCAGAGUUCCACUUCACCCACCUUAUCAUGACCUUUAAAACGUUCAGACCUGCUGCUAUGGUGAUCGAACGGUCGUCAGACUUCGGGAAGACUUGGCAAGUGUACCGUUACUUCGCCUAUGACUGCGAGUCCUCCUUCCCCUUCGUCUCUCAAGGACCCAUGACCAAAGUGGACGACGUUAUCUGCGAUUCCCGCUAUUCUGACAUUGAACCCUCGACUGAGGGUGAGGCCAUCUUUAGGGUCUUGGAUCCAGUCUUCAGGAUUGAUGAUCCCUACAGCCCCAGAAUUCAAAACAUGUUAAAGAUCACUAAUCUGAGGGUGAAGUUCACUAAGCUGCACACUCUCGGGGACAAUCUUCUGGACUCACGUAUGGAGAUCAAGGAGAAGUACUACUACUCAGUCUACGACAUGGUGGUCAGAGGAAACUGUUUUUGCUAUGGUCACGCGUCUGAGUGCGCCCCCGUCGAUGGAGCUGGAGAGGUCGUGGAGGGCAUGGUCCAUGGCCAUUGUAUGUGUAAUCAUAACACCAUGGGGCUGAACUGUGAGCGCUGUCAGGACUUUUACCAUGACCUGCCCUGGAGACCCGCGGAGGGACGCAACACCAACGCCUGUAAAAAGUGUAACUGCAAUCAUCACUCUGAUUCCUGUCAUUUCGACAUGGCCGUGUAUCAGGCGUCGGGUAACGUGAGCGGCGGCGUGUGCGACGACUGCAGACACAACACCAUGGGUCACAAGUGUGAGCAGUGCAAGCCCUUCUUCUACCAGCAUCCGGAGAAAGACAUCCGCGACCCCAACAUCUGCGAGUCCUGUAACUGUGAUCCGGUCGGCUCUCUCAACGGUGGGGUGUGUGAUCCGCUGACAGACGUGUCUCUCGGACUGAUCGCGGGUCAGUGUCGCUGUAAGCCUAAUGUGGAGGGUGAGCGCUGUGACCAGUGCAAACAGGGCCAUUACGGACUCAGCGAUGACCCUCUGGGAUGCCAGCCAUGCACGUGCAAUGCUUUGGGGACGGUUCCAGGUGCAAGUCCAUGCGAUACAGACUCAGGAAACUGCUACUGUAAACGUCUGGUUACCGGAAGGAACUGUGACCAGUGUCUGCCUCAGCACUGGGGUCUCAGUAACGACAUGGAUGGCUGCAGACCAUGUGACUGUGAUCAUGGUGGUGCAAUCAACAACAACUGCUCUCCAGAAACGGGUCAGUGUCAGUGUCGCGAGCACAUGUUUGGCAGACGCUGCGACCAGGUGGAAUCUGGUUUUUACUUCAUCGCUCUGGACCACUACACUUACGAAGCCGAGGACGCCAAGUUUGGACCUGGUGUGACGGUUGUCCCGAGACCCAAACCUCAGGACAGAUCCCCUACUUGGACUGGCGUUGGUUUUGUGAACGUUCCUGAAGGUGCCUAUCUUGAGUUCAGCAUCGACAACAUCCCCUACUCCAUGGAGUAUGACGUUAUCAUCCGAUAUGAACCUCAGCUGCCAGAGCAGUGGGAGGAAGUGUUGAUGACUGUCAUCAGGCCUCGCGUCAUUACCGCCGACAGCCGCUGUGCAAACACAAUGCCUGACGAUGACAACCAGGUGGUGUCUCUACAUCCCGGAUCCAGGUAUGUGGUGCUGUCUAGGCCUGUGUGUUUUGAAGAAGGCUUGAACUACACCGUGCGCUUGAGUCUGUCUCUCUACUCGGCUCUCAGCGAUGUGCAGUCACCGUACACUCUCAUCGACUCGAUCGUCCUCAUGCCACACUGCAAAAACCUGGAUAUUUUCUCUGGCUCUGGUUCAGAGGGUGGAGACAUGGUGACCAACAGCGCCUGGGAAACCUUCCAGCGCUACCGCUGUUUGGAGAACAGCCAAGCCGUGGUGAAAACCCCCAUGACUGAUAUCUGCAGGAAUUACAUCUUCAGCGUGUCCGCUUUUCUGCACCAGGGAGUUAAAGCCUGUCAGUGUGACCCGCAGGGGUCUCUCAGCACGGUCUGUGACCCGAGCGGUGGCCAGUGCCAGUGUCGCCCCAACGUGGUUGGCAGGAACUGCGACAGAUGCGCCCCAGCCACCUUCCUUUUUGGGCCGCAGGGCUGCAGGCCAUGUGACUGCAGUCCUGAGGGGUCUGUCCACUCCUUCUGCCACGAGGCCACCGGUCAGUGCGAGUGUAUUCCCAGAGCGUACGGGCGGCAGUGUGACCGCUGUCUGCCGGGACACUGGGGAUUCCCUAACUGUCGGCCCUGCACAUGCAAUGGCCACGCUGAGCAGUGCGACCCGCUCACGGGACAGUGUCUGUCCUGCCGGGACCACACCUCUGGACACCACUGCGAGAGGUGUUUGAAUGGCUAUUAUGGUGACCCCGUCCUGGGCUCUGGAGACCACUGCCGCCCCUGCAUGUGUCCGGACGGUCCCGGCAGCGGAAGACAGUUCUCCGGCGCGUGUUAUAAGAGCCUCGACUCCAACCAGGUGUUCUGCGUCUGCAACCAGGGAUAUAAAGGUGCCAGGUGUGAAGAAUGCGCCCCUGGUUAUUACGGAAACCCGUACGAGGUGGGCGGAGAAUGCCGGCCCUGUCAGUGCAACAACAACAUCGACAUGAUGGACCCGGAGUCCUGUGACGCCCGGACGGGCGCUUGUCUCAAAUGCCUGUACCACACCGAGGGCGAGGGCUGCGACCGCUGCAAGCUCGGUUAUUACGGCAAUGCACUGACCCAGAGCUGCAGAAAGUGUGUGUGUAAUCACAUGGGCACUGUUGAGGAGAUGUGCCCCUCUCCGGGAAACUGUAACUGUGACUUGAGCAGCGGUCAGUGUCAGUGUCUUCCCAAUGUGGUGGGCCAGCACUGCGACCAGUGCGCGCCGGACACCUGGAACAUGGCCAGCGGGAAAGGCUGCGAGGACUGCGACUGCGACCUCAACCACUCCUUCAGCUCGUCCUGCAAUGAGAUUAUGGGCCAGUGCUCUUGUAAACCUGGGUUUGGCGGCAGAACCUGCCGAGAGUGUAGAGAGCUGUUCUGGGGAAACCCUGAGGUCAAGUGUCACGCAUGUGAUUGUGACCCAAGAGGCAUGCGGAGCCAGUGCAACAAGGUACACCUGUUUUGCGUGGAAGGUGUUUCCGG